UAUAUAGAGCAAGAAAGUCCUAAGCUCACAGUAUGCAGUUCGGUAUUAUUGUUCGUGUCAUAGUUUUGUAAAUAAUAAUUUGUCAAACAAAAUAAUUAAUAAAGGACGUGUGAGCAGCUUUAACAUAAGUUAAAUUAUUGAGAACGUAUUGUCUAGUUCUUGUGAAUAUAGCUGCAAAUUUGUGCAGCAAUAUUGAUGAAUUCGCAAUUUUUGUCUUCAUCUUUUUGUAAUUACAGAUUUUGAAAAUACAGCAACUUACAUAUACACGCGAUGGCGCAGUUCGCAGAUUUAUCUCUAUAUCAGUAUAUGAAAGAUGAUACCAUAUUCAAUAAAAUAAACACUACAUUUAUAAAAAUGGAUUCAGAUGUCAUAACGCACCAAAAUCCGAUCUUGCAAACAAUUUUGGACGAGUUAAUAACGGCUAUGAAAAUGCAGAGUCCAUUAUUUGCUAAAACAUUUCAAAAAAUUAGCUGGGUUGGCAGUUUUUAUAAAGGCACUCGUGUCGGCGAACCAGGAGAAUACGAUAUUGACAUUGUGAUCAAUCUACCGUUCAAAGAAAGAGACAUACAGUUUACGAAAGAUCGACCAGGUUGUAUUAAAAUGUGCACAGUUUGGAGAGAUAUAAACCCGCAGAAAGCUUUAAAUUUAGAUCCGAAAGUCUCUAAAGAAUUGAAGUCCUUCAUUGAUGAUGAAUCGUAUCUAAACCAAGAAAAAUUUCGUAAUUGGAUGGAAGGAGUUUUGAAUAAAGUGGCCUACGCUACUAGUGGAUGUAGUAUAAUUAAAUUGCCUGGUCGUGAACCAAUAAAAAUGAAAAAAUCGGGACCAGCUUUUACAUUAACAGUAAAUUACGACUGGAAAACUAUCGAUAUUGAUGUGGUUCCUGCUUUAAGUUUUUCGGUUUGUUCUUUGCCGAGAUGUCCGAAAACGGAUAUUUUACAAUCUUGUCCAGAUAGAAAAUGGUUUGCGAUUCCCAAACCUUUCAACGACAGUGAACAUGGCUCCUACGAUUUCCAAUAUCGUUAUUGGCGACUGAGUUUUUACGAAUUUGAGAAAGACAUUUUUUCUACCCAUGAGUAUGGGCGUAUGAAACCUGUAAUACGUCACUUAAAGAAAUUUAGAGAUACACGAAAUUGGACAAGCAUUGCAAGCUAUUAUCUUGAGACAUUAUGCUACCAUGAACGUGAAUUGUUCCGUAUUUCUCACAAUUUAUCAUAUACUUUCUUAUUCUACAAGAUGUUGGAAAAGCUUCGCGAUGCUUUUCGCGAUCAUCGUAUAAGACAUUACUGGGACGACGACUUAAACUUGUUGGAGAAAAUUGGAUAUCACGAAAUGCAGAAUAUGGAAGGUAGAAUACAAAACAUUUUAGAAAACAUCGGGAGGACUAUUCAAACCGAUCGGUAUGCGAUGGCUAAAUAUACUUUGAAUAGUACCGAAUUGAAUAUUUUGGUAAUAUAUGAUGCAGCAACUAUAAUCAGUAAUAUGUUCUGGCCUGAGGUCCCCGAACCGGAACUCGAAUCGGAAUCUGAAUCAAAUGCAUCGAAGUGCAUGAUUCAGUGACCAGUAAAAAAAAUCAGCAACGUUGAUGACGCAGCAUAUCAUAGCAAGACAAUCUGCCUUAGUUGAAUGAUUAUACAAGAAGAUGAACCAAAUAUACGUUUAUAUAUAGCACAGAGUUUCAAGCUAAUUGGUUUCUCAUUGUUGGCUCCUGACUAUCAAACUCAGCCGUUGGAGAGAAUUUGGAUUAGGCAAAGGAUCUUGUUGUCUGUUAUUACGAGAGAUGUUCUUUUAACUAUUAUAAAUUUAGGUCUUCUUUAUUGCUCACAGAGAUCGUCCAAUAGUACAAGCGUAAUGAUUUCUCGCGGGUCGCCUCGUCGCUAAUCGUUCCUCAGCUGGUACCUCUCUUUUCGAUCUCGACUGACUGUUCUGCCUGCCUAGAGCCAGUGCUCUUUAUUUCCUCUCGAGGAAGUGCCGUCGGACCAAUCGGCAGCCUCACGCAUAACAGCCGAUCCCCGCUGUUGACGAUACAAGUGUUUACGGUUUUAAACUUUCUGGAGGACACCUCUGAAAGUAACUAUCGUCCUCGACGCUUGACAAACGAUGACGGGUGAUAUUCUGCCCGUUACAUUUUAUUCUAAACUUCGAGCAUAUACAUACAUAGGAAAUCACAUUGCUAUAAAUAAUUUGCUAACAUCAUAUUCAAAAUUUAGUCCAUAGUUCUCUUCUUCGGGUAGCUUUUCUUGAACGGUCGCUACGGGGAGAUAUUCUCCAGCUUCAUUAUUGUGGAUUCUUCAUUGUUUUUUUCAUUCACCUAUUGUAUGAGAUUCUUCGACGUUUGAACAUCAACAUAAUUGCUAUAAUCCUCUACUGUUUUAUUGUUUAUAACUUUGGCAUAUUUAUCAGGGAAGGAUAAUUUUAGCUCUUUCUCUAUCACCACUAUGUCCACAUCCAACAGUGAGUCAUUGUAUUCAGCGUCCAACAAAUGUUGGACUACCUUUGGUUUCAAGUCCUUCUUCUUGAAAAAAUCUUGGAACACCGGUUAACUUGGAUCACGUGUUAAUACAAAGAAUUUCGCUGUUAAGUUAAGUGUCUUUAAUGGAAAACAAUUAUUAUCAAUUAAGUGAAAUAAAAGAUUGUGGAAAAGCU